UAUGACAAUUUAUUUUAUCUUCUUUCAGGCUGAAGAAUGUUACGAGCGUUGUAUACAUACAAAGGAACACAUGCCCGCACACUGGGCUUCCAAGUAGGGGAAAAGUUUAUGGAAAUAGGACCGUCAAGAGAUCCAAAUUGGCUUCAUGUUACCAGUGAACGAGGAUCUGUCGGAUAUGUCCCAAAAAACUAUAUGUCUUCAGAUGAUGCGCCUCCUGUUGAUGUCCUGGAGUUUAUUGACGGUUGUAUUGAAGCCACUCAUUUAAAUGCCAGCGAAAGAGGAGGAAAUUAUACUCGAAGUGAACAUGAUGCCCUGCAUAAAUUGGUUGAGUUACGUCAAGAGUGGUAUGCUAAAUGCCCUCCAUCAGUCCACCCAAACAAACGACCAGCACCACCUCCCCCUCAGCGCACAACUUCACAACUUAGUGUAGAAAGCACAUCAAGUCAGGCUAGUGUUGGUAGUUUGCCAUCCCCAUGCUUGCCAGGAACUCCUCGAACUCCGUCAAUUUCUGCUAGUGGGUCUUCUGCCAGUUUAGUUUUGCCGCCAAAGGAAGAACCUCCCACGGGGCGGGGUACUGAAGCUUCCACCAGUUUUAUGGCAAGAGGAGAAUCUUUAGGUAAUACAUAGAUAAUGUUCAUGAACAUGA